ACAAAUCAAGCUAAUAUUGAUCGCGUCUUGAAUGAAACAUCGAGUGGCGCCAUGGUUAUAAAUGAUGCACUUAUGCACGCUAUGUUAGAAACUUUGCCGUUCGGUGGCAUUGGUAAUAGUGGCAUUGGCAGGUACCAUGGCAAAUACUCGUUCGAUUGCUUCACGCACGAAAAAUCUGUGUUACAUCGACCUGCUGGAUUGGAAAGAAUACUUUGGUCUCGAUAUCCACCGUACAACGACAAUAAAUUAGGCUGGGUGAAAAAACUGGCCAUGAAAUGGAGAAUCCCGAUGACGUAA